GUCAGUUUUAUUAUUGUUUUUCGAAAUAAUAAACAGAAAUGCGCAUCAAAGGAGCUACAAUAAUUGUGGGACUCAUGGUGGUCCUUCACCUAGCCAAAGGGGAUUCCCCCGAAGAGGAACAGGGAGUUCGCUAUGCAAAUCGCUGUGAGGCCUGCAAAAUUCUGUCCGCCGAACUGGAAGCGCGACUUGGAGAGACCGGAAAAUCGCACGACGUGAUAGAGAUUGGCUAUUCCGUGGAUGAUGUGAAGCCCAAGAAACGCACCGAGUACCGCCGGAGUGAACUGCGACUGCUCGAGUCCCUGGAGAAUAUUUGCGAACGAGUCCUGGAGUACAAUCUGCACAAGGAGCGAUCGGACAGCACCAGAUUCGCCAAGGGAAUGUCGCAGACCUUCCAAACUCUUCACGGUCUGGUGGACAAGGGUGUCAAGGUCGAUCUGGGUAUACCCUACGAGCUGUGGGACAAGCCACCGGUGGAGGUCACCCAGAUGAAGACACAGUGCGAGAAUUUACUGGAGGAGUACGAGGAAACCAUCAGCGAUUGGUACUUCAAGCACCAGGACGAGAAGUCCCUGAGGAAACACCUCUGCGAGGACCAUGUCCUCAAGAAACAGGAAGAAAGGGAAUGUCUCAAGGAGCAACUUGCUCUGCCCGAAGCGAAAAAAGCCAAGAAACACGAAAAAUCCAAGGGGGAUAAGGAGGAGCUGUGAAGCCAUCAAAUCAAUUAGUAUCUUCAAGAAUAAUUUGAAAAUUAAAUUAAUUUAGUAUUCUUGUUCCACAAAAACAUAUUAGAAAACUAAAGUAAUUCAAUUGACUAAUCCCUAACUUUGUUCGAAAUGGAAAACAAGAUAUAUUUGUGUUAUUUAUAGAAUCAAAGCAAAAAGUGUAUAAUUAGUUUAGGUAAACUUACUCUGUAUCUCAAUUUUAUCUGUAAAACUUCCACAUCGACUGAACCACAAAAUGUUACUGAAAGUUUCGCCUGGGGACUUUGGCUUAUUGAUUUCGGCCACGAAUUGGGGUCAACAAUUAAAAGUUGACUGCCCUCAAUGAGGUGGACAACCCCCAUCGACACAAAUACCAGGUGCUUACAACCACCUAAGCAUUUUUAUAAAUGAGAUUUCAAGCAUUUCCCAGAAACAACUGGCAUUUCAUCAAAGAGUUUUCCUUGUAUACCUGUUAAAACUUAGUAUUUACUUUAAAGUAUAAUAAAUAUUUGCAUUAUCAU